UGCGAGGGGAAGGGAGCUGGCUGCCAGCAUCAUCUCGGGGAGGGAUGUUCGAGAUAUUUACCCUUUCUGCUUUUCUGGAUCAGUAUUAGCCACACCGCCGCCAUGCCGUAGACUAAACGCCGGGCGUUUCGAUGAAGCCUAUCAGGGACUGCAGCAGGGAGGAAGCGGGGUGGCUGUAACCGAGGGAAGAGGAGGAUGUACUGGGCUGCUGGCUUCGCCUCUUCCCGGCCGUGUGUGGUUGAACUGGGGCGGAAUCACAGCCUGCCCCUCGGGCUGUGCGGCUCCGAGCAGCAGCAGUCGUUGUAUGGCUAUAUCAUCGCCUUUCCUUUACAGGACUACGGAAGCAUCAUGUCGGUUUUGGGCUCGGACUCCUGGUGGAAGAAGACCCUGUACAUCACCGGGGGGGCCCUGCUGGCUGCUGCAGCCUACCUGCUGCACGAGCUGCUCGCCAUCAGGAAGGAGCAGGAGUUGGACUCUAAAGACGCCAUCAUCCUCCAUCAAUUUUCCAGGCCAAAGAACGGCGUGCCCAGCCUCUCACCCUUCUGCCUCAAAAUAGAGACGUACCUGCGCAUGGUGGACCUGCCCUACCAGAACUACUUUGAUGGGAGGCUGUCGCCGCAGGGUAAGAUGCCCUGGAUUGAGUACAACCACGAGCAGGUGUCAGGGUCAGAGUUCAUUGUGGACUUCCUGGAGGAGAAGCUGGGAGUGAACCUCAACAAGAACCUCACCCCGCAGGAGGUAGCCGUGUCCCGCGCUGUCACCAAAAUGGUUGAGGAACACCUCUACUGGACAAUAGCCUACUGCCAGUGGGUGGACAACCUGGAGGAAACUCAGAAGCUGCUGGCGAUGAGUGGGCCUCUGAGCGACACGCUGAAGUGGCUGCUGAGCCAUCUGAACGGCGGCAUGGUGCGCAGGGAGAUGUACGGCCACGGCAUCGGACGCUUCUCCAAGGAGGAGGUCUACACGCUGAUGGAGAAGGACAUGAGGACGCUGGCCACUUUACUGGGAGAUAAGAAAUACUUCAUGGGCUCGAAGAUGUCAACAUUAGAUGCUACGGUGUUUGGGCAUCUAGCUCAAGCCAUGUGGACUUUACCUGGAACACGACCAGAGCAACUUAUCAAAGGAGAGCUGAUCAACUUGGCCAUGUUCUGCGAGCGGAUGCGGAGGAGGUUCUGGCCCGAGUGGUUUGUGGAGGUGGAGGAUCUUUAUUACGCCGGAGACAGCGAGAGCAGCAGCGGGGGCACCCCGACAGGCCUGCUGGACUUUGGCCUCUUCUCCAGGACUGACACACUGGACGACAGCGACGGCAGCAGCCGCUCGGCCGGACGCACGCGCGCACACUCUCCUGACUCCGACCGCUCGUUGUUUGAUUCGGACGUGGGCACGGGCUCUGACAAUGAUAUCCAGUUUAAAGAGGAGUCAAUGCCAGACCUGGAAGUUUGACCUUGGCAGACUGAGACUGGCUGGAGGCUGGAACAGUCGGUGCUACAGGCUGCUGUGUGGUUCUGCUUAAUAAAUCUGGCUGGAACAAUGUGUCCAAGCAAUAGGUCGCACACAGCUGAAAGAACUAUUCCAGCUCCUCCACCUGCGAUACCCAGCAUGUUACAACUUCCAAAUGGACAGACUGGGUCUUUAUAUGCAGACAAUGCAAAAUAAACCUUACAAACAUGCAACUGUACAGUCGGUUUCCUCCUGUAUGUCGGAGCUGCCCCCGUGGCAGCUCCUCUUUGCCUUAUUUGUCUCAUCCUAAGAUGCAGAAGCUAGUGCGAAAAGUUAACACAGAGGAGCUAUCUCACGAAGAGCGUGUUGGCGACAGAAGUGUGCUGCAGACAAGACAGGUGGCACUUCACUUGCUAUGAAAUGAUGCAACUAAUCACCACUCUGCCGUGUGUCAUAACGCACAAAACCGUUUAAACAGGUGGAGAUUGAAAAAGGAACAGCUGCCAUGUCUCUGCUGUUAGCCAUCCGUGUGCUGAAGAGUAAACACAGGUGACAUUGAGUGCCAGUCUGUGCAUUAAGUUGACCCAUACGUCAUUUCCUUUUUGCUUCUUGUAUGUGGAAACAGUCCCGUAUCAAAACAAAUAAUUCUGUCUGCGGCCCUACAUCCAAUGCUUAUCAGGCCUGUUGAGCAGAAAUCCAGAGGAAAGAUUUGUGCCUGUUUCAUUUGCUAGUUAUCAUCCUGUUUCUCCUCCAGUAACUAUCUGCCUGCACUUUGUUAUUGUUGAACUUGGAGUCUUUUUUUUUUUUUUUAAUUGAUUCCAAAAUUCUUGUGGUCUUAUGUGAAGAGUUGCAGUUCUUAUAUUUGACCACUAGAUGGCGUCAGCAGUCAGCCUGUUGCCUUCUACAUCAAGGUCACUCCAGCCUAAGGACCUGCAGUACGCAUUUAACACAAGAAAAUUUCCACUUCAUUGCUAAACCUCCCAUUGAUAGGUGACCUGCCAGUGUUGUGUGUGUGUGUGUGUGUGUGAUCGCAUGCACACUUGCAUACUGCAGCGGAGUGCGGCCUCAAAUCAGCCUUAGUGCCUCAGAACAGUAAAAAAAAAAAUGGUUGGAACUUGCAACCUUUUUUGUUCUUUUUUUGUGAUAUAAUUUAUUAUCAGUGCCACUUGAUAUUCUUUCUACAAUAAUUUAUUUGUCAAAUAUAUCUAUUUUUCUUAUUUCUUUUUCUUAUUGCUCUCAAAGAGAGACGUUAAUUUGCACUAGUGGAAAUUUCAUUUCACCUUAUUCAGUGGGAGGAGUCUGCUGUGAAGGCACAGAAUGGGAAGCGAAUGGGAAACACAGAUAGAUGGGAGACGCAGAGCGUCACGAUAAAGAUCAGGCCUGCCAGUGGACUGUGCUGCUUAUGUUGGCUGCGUGCGUAUGAAUGUUACCGGGUGUGAAUGUCAUCAGUGAAGCAGCUGAUAAAGUGUUUGCAGACUGGACUGAGUCAGAAUACCAAAUGAAAGGGAAGCGAGUACAGCUGGUGUAAAAUCUUGAUUAAAAUGUGGACCAAAGUGGUCUGGGGAAGAGUUCGCUUUUGUCUGUCACGUUAAGCUCGCUGAAAGUGCUCGUAAUGGAAAUGUGAUGACUUUAAAAUGACUGUGGUACAUAAAGAAUAAGUGUGACUUGCAUUGAAGGGUCUACACACCCUGAUUAUGAACACUUUUUUUUCUCACUAGUGGUACUAAAUCAUGCAGAUAGUUUUGUUGUGAAUUCUCCAGGCUCGGAGCCUUAGCUGUCUCUCUUCUUAUUCCAUACCUUGAGAUAAUUCCUAAAAAAAUUUAAAAUCUUCAUUCAGUUCACUGGUUUUGGUCAGAGUUGACAAGCUAAAAAGACUAUAGCUAUCAAAUGGUAAAUUAAAUACUUACAGCUGUGCAGAGAACACACUGCAAAACCAAUUUUAUAGGUUACAUUCACAUGUAGCCACAAGUGGCCCAAGUCAGAUUUAUUUGGUUAAAUGCCACUCAUGUUUCUUCACAAAACUGUGAACAGCACAAAUCACCUGGAAACCUACUUUUCUUUCUAUUCUUAUUUGGACUCCUUUCAUAUGCAGUCCUGAAAUACAGAUUUUUUUCUUCUAAUGCAGUUUCAGUCUGAACUGUCAGACUAGCAUCAGAAUCCAACCACUCUUGGCUCCAUCACUGCCUCCACACCUCUAUAAAGAGCUAGAAGCUAUUGUACGUCUCUCUUUCUCUUGGCCCUUGCCAAUAUGCUGGCCACUGCGGCACAUCAACGCUGCAUGUGACGCUGUUUCCUUGCACAUGCAGGUCAGUGUGCCUGAUAUUGGCUAAAAGAAUAAUGCAAACAGAUAACAAAACCAAACCAAACCAAAAAAAAGUAUCUGAUCCGAGGAAGAAACCAGAACUGAGCCCUGCAAGCCGUGGGGCCUGUGUCCUCAGCAGAAGUAGUUCCAGUGGAAAUUUUUGUGACAGAGUCUGUCACAAAAACCACUGACUUGUGAAUCAUUCAUUGAAUUUGAAUAUAUUUCUGUUAAUAUUAAAUAUGAAAGCUGAUUAGAUGACCUUUGAGUUGUACGUUUUUUACUGUAGCUUCAAUGCGCUGAAAAAGUGAGGGCCUUUUUGAGCAACUGCCAGGGAUGCUUCUGCAGAAUUAUUUAAAGCCGCUAGUAACUUUUUUCUUUUAUAAUUAAGAAUGGCUCAAAUUAUAUCUGUAAUGUGAAAGGAGUUGCGUGUAGGAACGAUCCCCAGACUAUGCAGUUUCCCUCAGAUCUACAAAGAGGAACGGCAUCUUUCAAAUGACUGUUUGGUUGUACAGGCUUGCAACUUAACUGCUUUUUGCCAAGUCUCACUGCUCUCAUUAGUGUCACUUUCAGAAGCAGCUGGCAGCUUUUUAGCUCUAGACAAACUGCUUAGCACCAUAUGACACUAAUAAUGAUGGCAACUUGUUGGUGAUUAUAAUAGGGCUGAUUUAGCAACUAAAGAGCGAAAAUUUCCUACAGAAGUUGGAGACCAAACCAGCAAUCAAUUCACGUGAAUAUUGCACUUAAAUCAGACGGCCAGAAACACCAAAAUGAACAACAAUGCUCCAAAUCUGUUUGAUGAGCAAGUGUUUGCUCACAGAUUCACUAUAUGACUAUUUACAGUGUGACAAUGUAUCACUGUUGUGUUUAAUCAGUUCUGUUGCACUCAACUGACAAAAAAAGUAAAACACUGGCCCAACCUUAAGGAGAGGAUAGAAAAUAAGGUUUAUUUAAAAACAAUGAAGUGAAGUGAGCACAAUAGUCCCCUUUAAAUAAGAAAGAAAAUCCAUUAAUUUCAUUGUAUUGAAGUAAAAGUGGAUAUCUCAAAACCUGAUCAAGGAAAACCAGAACUAUCCACAUGUCUGUGUACCAUCUGAGGAGGUGAUUUUAUGCUUUUUGUUGUUGUUUCGGGGGAAGAAUCCCGGGUAGGUGAGUUAGUGUCCAAAGGCCAGAGAUGGACGGGACUCAGCAGAAACAACCUUCUUCCAUCAUGUCGUCCUGUGGUUUGUAUUCCGACCUGACCUGCACCGGCCUGGGUUGUGUACUUCUCAGUCACCUCAUCCAGUCUGGGCAUUAUAUACAGUACAGUUGGACUGCAUCAAUCAAGCCAUAUUAAAUCUAGAUGUCUUGUUAUUGGAACCAUGUCAUAGCGUUGCUGCUGGUAUAAUGUAAAUAUUGUAUGUGUGACAAAGUGUACCAAACUGUGUGUAGAGCUGACUGACUGAUCAAACUACCUGUGGCUGUGCAGUCAUACAAACUGGGGCGACUGGAUGAUUUCAAUAAAGAAUAGCU